AUGCACUUCUCCAGCCUGCUCCACCACCUUCUUGCGGGCGUACUGGCGGCCGCUCUCGUGGCCGCAGCCUCAUCCCCGCGCCUCAGCCCGGCCUACACCGACACCUUCCGCUUCCCUCUGCCGAUCCCGCCGGUCAAGGUUCCUCUCACGACCUACACCGACCCUUCGACCGGCGUGCCGAUUGACUUCUACAGCAUCACAAUCACCCCAUUCAGCAAGUCCUUCUUCCCGGGCCUCUCCCCCGCCUCCCUGGUCGGCUACGACGGGCAAUUCCCCGGGCCCUUAUUCCGCAUUCAGCGCGGCCGGCAGACGCUGAUCCGCUUCGUGAACUCCGGCGCGCGUGUGGCGUCCGUACACCUCCACGGCUCGUUCACGCGCGCGCCGUGGGACGGGUGGACGGCGGACCUGCUGCAGCCGGGCGAGUUCAAGGACUACUACUACCCCAACACUGCGGGCGGACGCACGCUGUGGUACCACGACCAUGCGGAGGGGGUAACGACGCUCAAUGCGUACGCGGGCCAGGUCGGCAUGUAUAUCAUCGUCGACGAGGGGGUCGAGGCAAGACUAGGGCUGCCGAAGGGGAGGUUCGAUGUCCCGUUGAUCUUGAGCUCGUAUUUCUUUACGAAGGAUGGUGGGAUUAGCGAUGAGAGCAUGGAGAGGACGAGUACGUACGGUGAUACGUUCACAGUCAAUGGACAGAUCCUCCCGCACUUGGAGGUCGAGCCGAGGAAGUAUCGCUUCAGGCUGCUGGAUGCUGCGGUCUCAAGGACGUUCAACCUCACCCUCAUGGAUGGGACGCAGGCACUGCCGUUCUGGGUCAUUGCUAGUGAUGGAGGGUUCAGAGAUACGCCUGUGAAAACAACGAGUUUGAUGAUUUCUAUGGCGGAGAGAUGGGAGAUCAUAAUCGAUUUCGCCGGACUCUCAGGAAAAAAUCUCACGCUCGCACAUACGACGAUAUUUGCCGAUACGGACUAUGUAGGGAGCGACCAGGUGAUGCAGUUCCGAGUAGGGCCGCGAGUCACCGACAACAGCAACAAUGGUCCGCUGCCGGCAAAGCUGGUGGAAAUCGACUUUCCAACUGAUGCUCCAAAGGUCGAACGCACCCUCAACUUUGUGCGCAAUAUCGGCCAGCCGUGGACUAUCAAUGGAAAACCCUGGAUGGACCCUAUGUCCCGCGUCAUUGCGAAGCCGCAGCUGGGAACUGUGGAGAAGUACACUUUCAGAGGAACUGGCGGGUGGAGUCAUCCGGUACACCUUCAUCUCGUGGAUAUGCAGCUUCUGUCCAGGAUGGUGGGAAAUCCCAAUCAGAAGCCGGGGAGGAAGUAUUUGGAGGAAUAUGAGAAGGGUGCUAUCAAAGAUGUUGCACUUCUGGGUGAUAACGAAAUGGUCACUGUGUUGGCGAAAUUUGUCCCUUACCAGGGCGUGUAUAUGAUCCAUUGUCACAAUAUGGUGCACGAGGAUUUCUCGAUGAUGGCGGCGUUCAACAUCACAUCACUCGAGAACUUCGGCUACGGGAAUGUCACUGGUGGGCUGGAAGAUCCUAUGGACCCACGGUUCAGUGCGAAGAGCUUUGAGGGAACGGAUAUCGAACAGAUCCAGUCCGUGGUGCUGCCCUACUACUCUUCUCUAAACGCAUAUCCGGAGCCCCAGCAACUUCUUCAACACAUCGACGACUACUGGCACAGUUCCACUGCUAUCAAACUGUACUACUACGACAUCCUACGUCUCAGAUUUCACCGCAACCCGAAGCUUCGAGUGGUUCAACACGGCCACCUUCAAGACGUGGACCACAGGUCGCAGCACCAGCACGCAGUACUGGAACACGACGGAAAUUCCCGGACCGACUGGUAUUCCCGGGCCAACGUCGACUCCAACCCCGCCAUCGACCACAAACGGCCGUUGCGGAAGGGGAAACAGCCAGCGGAGCUGUAA